CAAAAUAGCAGUCAGAUGACAGGGGUCCAUGGCAGGGCCCCAGGCGACGGCUCCCAGCUGCUGCAGCUAAAGAUAGGCCUGAAGGGCACAGGGCUCGGGGAAGCCGUGAGGAGCAAGCACCGGCCUGUCUCGGGCCGUGGGCACAAUGAGGUCACUCCGCUUCCUUUCGGCGGAAGCCCUGGUUUCCCACCCCCAGGUGGCCCGGCACAGCCUGGACAGCGUGGCCCACAACCUCUACCCGCUCCUGUUCAAAGCCAGCUACCUGCUGGAGCAGGCGGAGGUGACGCGCGCGGUGCUGGGGCGCUGGCCCCUGGAGGAGUUCCGCCUGGGAGCGCUGCUGGGUCCCACUGCCGAGCACCCCCAGGACCUGCGAGACCGAGCCUGCCGGGCCUGCCUGGAGGCGCUGGUGCGCGGCCUCGGGGACCACGCGCGGGAGGACCCGCGCGCGCGGCGGCUGCGGGUGGCCGACCUCACCGGCCUCCGAGACGUGCAGGUGCAGCGGUGCCCGUGCGGGAGCGCGCUGGGCAGGUGGGGCCGCACCCGGCUGCUGGCCAGGACCUGCUGUGAGCUGCAGGCACAGCCCCUGGCAGUUGGGCGCCCGGUCGAGGUCCUCGCCGACCUCUUCGUCACUGAGGGCAACUUCCAGGAGGUGGUGCAGGCCCUCGGGCCGGGGGGCCCGGCCCCUCUGCGCGUGCGCUGCCCCUCCUUACGCGCGGACAGCUUGAGCCCCGACCAGCUCCUGCGCGUGCUGCGCCUGGCCGGCCCGGGCACCCUGCGCAAGCUGGAGGUGGUGCACAACGUGCGGCUGCACGCCGGCCACGUGCAGCAGCUGCUGGCCCAGGUGGGCUUUCCCCGGCUGGCCUCGCUCACCCUGCCCACCAAGGCCUUUGAUGCACCCCCCACCUGCGUCUCCGCUCCCGACGGCCAGGACCCCCUCCUCGCCUCCAUUGCCCGGGAGCUCGGCAAGAUGACGCAGCUCACGGAGCUCAGGGUGGCCUUCUCCACGUUGACAGGGAAGAUCCCGACGCUGCUUGGCCCCCUGCAGACCCCAUUGAGAGUGCUGGACCUGGCCAACUGUGCUCUGAACCACACAGACAUGGCCUUCUUGGCAGACUGUGCCCACACUGCCCACCUGGAGGUGCUGGACCUCAGUGGACACAACCUGGUCAGCCUGUACCCCUCGACCUUCUUCAGGCUGCUCGGCCAGGCCGCCCGGACGCUGAGGAUCCUGGUGCUGGAGGAGUGUGGCAUCACAGACAGCCACGUGGGCAUGCUGAUCCUGGGCCUGGGUCCCUGCCACCGGCUGCGCCAGCUCAAGCUCCUCGGGAACCCGCUGUCGGCCCGCGCCCUCCGGCGACUCUUCGCCGCCCUCAGUGAGCUCCCUGAGCUGCGCUGUAUCGAGUUCCCGGUGCCCAAGGACUGCUACCCCGAGGGUGCCGCCUACCCCCAGGACGAGCUGGCCAUGUCCAAGUUCGACCAGCAGAAAUACGACGAGAUCGCGGAGGAGCUGCGCGCCGUGCUGCUGCGGGCCGACAGGGAGGACAUCCAGGUCUCCACGCCCCUCUUCGGAAGUUUCGACCCAGACAUUCAUGAAACAAGCAACGAGCUUGGUGCUUUCUUGCUGCAAGCUUUCAAAACUGCUCUAGAAAACUUCUCCAGAGCACUCAAACAAGUGGAGUAGCUCCCCCACUCACACCAGCCACAGGUCUUGAGUUUCAGCCUGCAGGGGCCCUGGGCUUCAGUCCAGGAUCCCACGCUUGGGCCUGCCAUUCAUCCCCACCACCACCAAAGCAGUUCUUAGUGAAAAUCUAGGCGAGCCUGCUAAGCGCUGUAGGAGAGGAAGCCUUGCCUUCCAGGAGCAGGGACAUGCAGGGCCCCUGAGUGGCAGCAGGCAGGGUCCUGGAGGCCACCAAGAGAAGACUGCUGAGGGUCUGUGGCAGCAGACGGCACACAGCAAAGGGCAGAGCCCAGGAGUUGUGGGAAGCGGCCGACCUGGCCUCAGUGUGUGGGCACUGGGCCCAGGGUGAAGCUUCGGGGGCAGCUGUGAUGGCUGCACAGUGGGGUGGAGGAGCAGAGAGAAUGCAUCGCAGAAACUGCAUAAAACAAGCAGCCCACGAAAGACAACAGAAAAGAGGCGGAAACUGAGCAGCAAACCAGAU